UUCAUCUUUUCCGUCCCCACGCAGUGAUUGUGUGGGAGCAAACACUUAUUUCUACACAAACUUCAACUAAGAUUAUUUUUAUUAAAAGCUCGUUAAAGUACAAGUCUGCCAUCGACGCUGUAAAAAAAAAAAAAAAAAAAAAAAAAAACGAAGCUCCGCCUACUGAGCAACUGUCAACAAAGUAACGCUGCAGCAGCGUGAGGUCGCAAAAAAGCUGCAGGAAGUGUGUGGCCCGCCUCCUCUGUUUUGUGACACCAUGUGGAUCGUCACAUAGAGAUCUUCUAGGUUUUUUUCUUCUGCGUCUUCUUUGGACCAUGUCGGCGUUGGGAGUGAUUGACAGCGACUCGUGAAGACGCCAUGUGCUGAGUCACCGUUCGGACAGACGCAUCAUCUUCAUCAUCAUCAUCAUCAUCAUCAGAAGAACAACAACUACAACAACAUGUCCGGCUCCAAGCCGGCGUCAGAAGUCGACUCGUCGUGCCCUUCUCCUGCCGUGACAGACGCUGCCAAGGAACUUAUUGUAACCACGGCAACAGUGGGGUCAGAGGUCACGGGCCAGGUCACGAGCGGCGACGAUGACAGCUCUCAGGCCAAUCAGGAGGAGGGGGCGGAGCCAACACCAUCAGAAAAUGGACCGACACACGACAACGCGGAAGAAGAGAUGCCAGGGGGCGGGUUUACAGGACCUGAUGCGGAGGCGAUGGAGAGUUCCUCUGUGGCGACGGCCGACAGUUCAGACGAGCUGCGAGAGUCCAGCGACUCCGCGUCCUUCUCCAUUCCCAGUCUGGAUCUGUCCGAGGGGACGCCAGUGGCGGCGGCCGUGGCGGGAAGCUCGCAGGAGGCGGACGACGUCUUGUCGUCGUCUUACUCCGCGUUGGGGGCGGAGGGAUGCUCGCCGAGUUUGAAGGACGAUGAGGUGGCAGGGGGCGCCGUGCCCGCCGACGCGCCGGCUGGCGCAUCAGCGGCGUAUUACCUGGUCAAGUGGAUUACCUGGAAGGAGAAAAAGACGCCCAUCAUCACGCAGAGCGACAAUGGACCCUGCCCCCUGCUGGCCAUCAUGAACAUACUCUUCCUGCGCUGGAAGGCAAAACUUCCUGCUCAGACUGAAGUUGUCACCACAGAAGACCUGAUGGCUCACCUGGGCGAGUGUGUGCUGUCAGUUACGCCGAGAGAAAAGACAAACGGGAUGGAGCUCAACUUCCAACAGAACAUGAGCGACGCCAUGGCGGUGCUGCCAAAACUGUCGACGGGUCUGGACGUGAACGUUCGCUUCACGGGCGUGACGGACUUCGAGUACACGCCCGAGUGCAUCGUCUUUGACCUGUUGGACAUCCCGCUGUACCACGGAUGGCUGGUCGACCCCCAGAGUCCAGAGUUGCUGGCUGCUGUUGGUAAACUGAGUUACAACCAGCUGGUGGAGAAGAUCAUUGACUACAAACAUUCGACGGACAGCAGACAAGUCAGUGAAGGGCUGGCGGCCGAGCACUUCCUGGAGACGACGGCGACUCAGCUGUCCUAUCACGGUCUGUGUGAGCUCAACACCGCCGCCAAAGAAGGGGAAAUGUGCGUUUUCUUCAGGAACAACCACUUCAGUACCAUGAUCAAACACAAGGGCCACUUGUACCUGCUGGUGACAGACCAGGGCUUCCUGCGUGAGGAGGGCCUGGUCUGGGAGUCUCUCCACAACGUGGAAGGAGACGGAAACUUCUGCGACUCCGACUUCCGCCUGUGUCAUCCUCCUCAGAGAGACGCGGCGCCCCCCAGUGUCGCCCCGGCACCUUGCGACCAACAGCAGCAGCGCCAGAUUGACCAGGACUAUCUGGUGGCGGUGUCCCUGCAGCAGGAGAGCAGUGGCGGGGGGGCCUCGGGGCAACUCAGCGACUUGGAGUUGGCCCGACAGCUGCAAGAGGAAGAAUACCAACAACAACAACAACAGCAGCAGCAACAACAACAACAAGGACCACAACAGGCAGCCCCGCAGGUCAGAGGUCAGGGUUCCCAGGCAGGAGGGGCCAGGAGAAGAGAAAAAGACUCCGACUGUGUCCUGCUUUAACUUGUCCCCCCCAAAGUACCUGUAGCACACGCAUAUAAUGCCAAACCUCAGUGCUUUGUGACUUUGCGUUUGGUUUUGGUGAAGGUUUGUCAAAGGUCACGUGUCAUAACAAGCUCCUCCCACUAGCUUGUGGGCUAAUAAAGGCGUCGCUACGCUUACCAAGUGCUCACUCUUUUCUCCACUUUUAUUUAUACAUUAUGUAUAUAUAGUACAGGGGUCGGUAAACGUAAAUACUCAAAAGAGCCAUUUUGAUUGUCUCCCACAGAAAAAAAAAAGAGAGAGCCACAAAGUAGGGAUAAACACUGCAUAUAUUGUUCUUUUUUUAUUUGGAUGUAUAAAACCUAUAGUGUUUUGCAUUUCUGAAAUCAGGUCACUGCUACGGAGAACACAAAAAUAUUUCUGCAUGUAACAAAAACUCAGCUAAUAGAUGAUUGGUUGAAGCUCACUUGAAAAUAAAAUAUUCGAUGUCUA